UUGCGUGUAUUUAUGUAAAUCGAUCUCCUCAGUUUCCCUCACGACCUUUCAUUUUUGUUUGCGCUAUCGCCAGGAAGGAAAUCGAAGCCCUCGAAUAUUCCCUUCCCCCCUUUCCACAUUAUUCCCUCUCUCAAUCCCUCUCUCGCCGGCGAUUCUCGCCGUCGCCGACCUCGGAAUCCGCGUUCCUCCGAUCCUCCGCCGCCGCCGCGAGGAUCUUCGGCCGGUGCCGCCUGAAUCCUCGGCGGAGCACAUCGUGAUUCGCCGCCAUGGCCAGCUCCGGGGAUAGAGAAAGCGACGAGAACCGCCGAGCGCAGCCGGGCCGCGAGGGGCUCGGCGAGUCGUCGCCGAUGGAUGCGUCCUCCUCGGCGGAGUCCCGGCCGGGCUCGGGGGCUUCGCGGAGCGGGGCCGGCGAGGAGAUUGGUGUGGCGGAGCGGCUGGCGGACGUUUUCGCCGGGGACGGCGACGGAGAUCUGCUGAUGCAGCGGAGCGAUCGGGAGGAUAGGGUCCUGCUUUGGCUGCAGGCGCUCGAUAUGCAAGUGAUGGGCGCCUGUCGCGCGGAUGAGAGAUUGAAGCCGCUGUUGAAGUCGACCGGGACGAACAGCGCGGCUGAGGAUCGGUUGUUGGCUCACCUCAGUCAGCACUUUGAGCCUGCGGAAGUUGGAAUCCUGGCCAGAUGCUUCUGCAUGCCACUUGUUUCAAUUCGAGUUGGCAAGAUAAACAAGCGAGGGACUCUUCUUUGCCCCGCCUCCACAAGGGGGAACUUAAAUCUGAGUCUUCUGCCAACAUCUGAUUUGCGCUUGUCAUUUGUUGGGGACAAUGGUCAGACAGAGAGGCUAGUUACUUUAAGCAGCUCUAUCGAAUCUUCUUUCGUUGUAAUUGAGGAAAUAUCUGAAGAUGCUUCGGGUAGAUCAUUUGUUCUCAAAGUUCUGGAUGGAAAUGCAUUUUACUUUUGGUGCUCAGAGAAAUCAAAGCUCUUGGGAACUGAAUUGCUUAGAAAGAUGAGGGAUUUACUCAAUCAGAGACCUGCUAUUGCUGAGUUGACUGGAAUUGAUGGGUCACGUCUUGAGUGCUUUGCAAUUCACCUCCGAGCAUAUCUAAUGGGAUCGGUUGUAAGUAAAAGCCAAGCUAGCUCUUCAGGCAUCCCAAUGCUAUCAGAUGGUAUUGGGACUGAUGUUCCCAAUGCAAGCGAAAAUACACAAUCGUUUACUUCAUCUAAAUCCCUUCGCCCUUCCUAUGCCAGCAGUCAAAUAGUAAAAGCUAAUUCAUGCCAUCAAGGCCUCAGUCCCAGAGCAAGUUCGUUCAAAGAAGGUCUUGUCAGAAACUUGACCACAAGGAGCACGAGGGAGAAGUUGAGGAAGCUUGGGGAAAAUCACUUCGCAGCAGUUGACAACUUGUCAGCUGCUUUACCAAUGGUUGCUGAUACUUUCAAUUCAAGUUCUUGCAACAUCUUUCAAACUCAAGAUUCACUGGAGAAUAAUUCCCUCACUCCAUCCGAUGUCCUGGAAUCACUAGGGAAAUUGACAUUCCCACCCCGUUUAAGCACAUCGUCUCAAGUCCCUUCUUUAUGUCAACCCAUUUUCUCCCCAUACUACUGUCUGUGCCCUCCUGGGGCAUCGACCCUGGAACACCCAGAUCCACCUCCUGAACGUGCUUCUGCUUCAGAUGGAUUUUUGGUUCCAUCUUUAUCUUCUUUUCUACCUCCUGUACCCUCCAGUCUAUUGAUGGCGACAUCACCUUUAAACUUGGGAGACCUUCCUCCGCUAGAUUUUCCAACUAUUCUUCCAGACCCGUUGGCCUGUCUACCAAAGCCCAGUUCCCAACAAAUUCCGACCUUUACACCUUUGAUGUGCGAUUCGAUUGUUCAUGUUCCAGUCAUUGAUUUCUGCUCAGCAGGACAAGGUUACCUGGUGAGCGCGGGGCCCACUGUCACGACUGCCAUUGGGCCCCUGAACCCGAAACUUGUGAGUCCAUUGAUUCCUGAGACGAGUUCGGUGGUUGAAGAGGGUGCAAGAGAAACUCUGCGCCUUCUGAUCAGUGGCUCAAGCCCCACGGUUACUCAGUCGAUUAGCAUGCUGCCUGUUGUACUGAGUGGCGCUGAUGAGAAGCAAAGUGCAGUCGUUGCUGGAAGCAGGGGUCUGUACAGCGGGAUAAGGGAUGUUGACGCUUUUUCGAGCAGAGGUCUUGCUGCCAUGGGAUUGUUCUCCCUGUCCGGUAGAUCUGCAGUGGAGAGUGCGGUGAAGAGUUGUGAUGUCGUCAGCGGUUUAGAUGUUCAGCUGAAUGGAUCUAGCAGCUUCGGCGAAUCAAACGCAGAUGUUGAUGGUUCCCUUUCCGAGGAUGCCGGGAAAACAGAUUGAGGAUGUUCGAUGUGUCAGAUGUGUCAUUCGUUUCUGUUAAGUAGGGAAGUGUAGAUAUAUGCAGCAGGUUUUUCCGUAUUUUAAUCGAAAUAAGUUCCCCCCAAAUUGGGGCUUUUGCUGCCUUUGACGCUCUGUUUUCGCCUCUGUAGUUGGUAUCUUAAAAUGUGGACGUUAAGGGCUGCUUUUGUUGUCUUGAUAGCUGUAAAUGGAUAUCGAGUUUGCUUUUUCUUUUA